GAACCGGUCGCUGUCGCUCUCUCUCUUCACUCGGCCCCUCUCGGAGGCAGGGAGUCGUGCGGGAGGAUGAGAUGCGGUGUCUGCUCCUGCUGAAUGAUGAACGCGCAGAAUCAGGCCGCUCUGGACAUCUCGACGAAGAACCCGCAGGAUGACUUCGAGAUCAUCCAGCGAGUCGGCGGCGGGACCUACGGGGAGGUGUACAAGGCCCGGCAAAAGCAUACCGGCCAGCUGGCAGCCGUGAAGAUCAUCAAAAUGGAACCGGACGACGACUUUUCGGUUAUUCAGCAAGAGAUUUCCAUUGUGAAGUCCUGCACGCAUCAGAACAUUGUCGCAUAUUAUGGAAGCUACAUCAAGUCCAACAAGUUGUGGAUUUGUAUGGAAUACUGUGGAGGAGGAUCACUACAGGACAUUUACCACGUCACAGGCCCGCUGUCCGAGUUACAGAUCGCCUACAUCAGCAGGGAAAUGCUACAGGGUUUGGAAUAUCUACACAAUCGAGGGAAGAUACACCGGGACAUUAAGGGUGCAAACAUUCUCAUCAAUGACAAUGGGGAUGUAAAGUUGGCUGAUUUUGGGAUUUCGGCACAAAUUACUGCCACGUUUGCCCGAAGAAUGUCUUUCAUCGGAACACCGUACUGGAUGGCUCCUGAAGUUGCUGCUGUGGAGAUCAAAGGGGGCUACAACGAGCUCUGUGACAUCUGGGCAGUCGGCAUCACGGCCAUCGAGCUGGCCGAGCUCCAGCCGCCCAUGUUCGACGUCCAUCCUCUGAGGGUGCUUUUUCUAAUGUCCAAAAGUGGCUACCAACCUCCGAAGUUAAAGGAUAAAGGGAAAUGGAGCUCAGCGUUCCACAACUUCGCCAAAGUGACACUGACGAAGAAUCCGAAGAAGAGGCCAGCUGCCAGCAAGAUGCUGACGCACCAGUUCGUGUCGCAGUCCGGGCUGAGCCGAGCUCUCAUCCACGAGCUGAUCGACAAGCUCAGGAACCCCGAGAAGCACUCCAGCCUGCAAGAGGUGGACGAGGAUGAGAUUGAGCCUCCCCCCACUGUCCCACGCAGGAUUCAGUCUACUAACCGACACUCACAGGCAGAGAGAACCAACUCCGAGAUAAUGCUCCACAACAUUCAGUUUGAACAGGCCCUGCGGAGGGAGGAGAGCUGGUGGAAUAAGAUAUGGAGUAAAAGAGAGGAGAGACUGCUGGAAAAUUACACUGGACGGGUAGUACUGGAGGACAAAGAAAUGGUUGACUCAGAUCAGUCUGUGGACCAAACUUCGAGCUAUUCACAGAAUCUGCCCAGUCCUAGGAGGGAGAUCAGGAAGAAGAUGGUGGACUCGGACGACGAUUACGACGACAUUGCCGUGCUGACCGAGAGCCUACAAGCGGACAGACACACUGACAAGCCUCCGCCGCUACCGCCCAAGCCCAAGUUCCGGACCAGCUCCGAGGACAGCCUCCCGGAAGAAGAGAAGCUGAAGACCGUGGCCCAGCACCCACAGUGCACGCGGCUGACGGCCCCACUCACCCGCUGCUCCAGUGGCCCGCUGGAAGCCUCCAGGAAGCCGGGCAGGGGGGCCUCCAGAAGCCCAGUCCACUCCGUUGUCAACGUCAGCAGCUCAGAUCCCAGCCAGUGGGCGAGUCACCUCUCCAGGGACACAGGAGGGACCCCGCCUCUGCUGCCUCGGAGGAAGGAGAAGAAGGAGAGAUCGGUGGUGCCUGAUUCGGAAGCCGCUCCUGUUCAGAAGGUGGAGGUGGAGGUCCCGCUACAGAAAGUGUUUAAUGGCUGUCCCUUGAAGAUUAAUUGCGUGACAUCGUGGACACACCCCAACACCAGAGCCCAGCACCUCAUACUGGGGUCAGAGGAAGGGAUCUACACCCUGAACCUAAACGAACUGCACGAAGCCACAUUAGAACUGCUGUAUCCAGGACGCUGCACUUGGGUCUACGUUGUCAGCAACAUGUUAAUCAGUAUUUCAGGGAAGGCGAUGCAGCUACACUCUCACAGCCUGUUGGGACUUUACGAACAGGCCAAAAAGGAACAGAGAUCAAUGGUUCACAUUCCAACACAUCGACUCUUAGCCAGGAAGAAUUUAACGUCCAGUAAAAUCCCAGACACCAAAGGCUGUAGGAAGUGUUCUGUCGUACGAAACUCUCCCACUGGCUGCUGCUACCUGUGUGGGGCGCUGGAGUCCAGCAUUGUCCUCCUGCAGUGGUACGAGCCCAUGCAGAAGUUCAUGCUCAUCAAGCACUUUGACUUUCCGCUGCCGAAUCCCCUGCGGAUUUUGGAAGCGUUGGUGGUGCCAGAGCAGGAAUACCCGAUUGUAUGCAUUGGAAUCAGCAUGAGGUGUUCCUUGGACAAGGUUGUACAGUUCCUGACCAUUAACCUCAAUUCCUCCUCGUCCUGGUUUACAGACCUGGGGACAGCAGGUCAACAGGAGGAAUUUAUCCACGUGAGCCAAAUGGACAACGAGAUGGUGCUGGUGUGCAUUGGCCAAACCAUGAAAGUUGUAAAUAUUGAAGGAAAACUUAUGACGCGUAAGGACCUAUUUCCAGAGGUGACGUUUGAUAUUCCAGUGGAAUCUGUAGUCUGCUUCUCCGACAGCGUCCUGGGCUUCUGGAAACACGGGAUGCAGCGGAAGAGUUUCAGGACCUGUGAGAUUUUUGAACAGAAAACAGAGACCAAUCGAUUAUAUCGCCUUUUGGGAGCUGACAGCAGCAGACUGGUUGUCUUCGAAACCAAGCCGAAAGACGAUUCCAGUUCCCACACCAACCUGUAUAUCAUGAAGGUACCGGAGUAUCCUUUUGGGGAAUGAAGGAGGGCGUAGCCGCUGUUCAGGCGGUGAAGACCAUUUCCCAGGGGCAGCAGGGCAAAACAGGACUGUCGCCAAUUGGUGGAUGCUUGCCUGAUACCUAGAGCCGCAGAGCCUUUCUCGCUUGUCGGUGUGUAGGUCAAAGGUUAAAUCCCCAUCGGAAGGAUGCCUCUGUGUUACAGCAAGCACCUACAAAAACCGAUAACGUGUAAAGUUUGAGUGAAAUCGUCAGUGCUUUUCUAUAAAUAAAGAAUUAUAUUUGAUGUGC